GUCGAAAGUCCUGACCGAUUCUUCGAUCGAAGCAGAUGUUGUAACCGCCACCUCUGUCAUCAGUGCGUGUGAACGCGGAAGUGUGUGGCAAGGUGCUGUUCUGAUAUCACAGAACAUGAAUCAUUGCAGCCUUCCGCCUGACAUUGUUUCUCGUGGUGCGACGCUUAGUGCUUGCGAGAAGGGCUGCCAAUGGACCUUGGCAUUCCAGAUUGGAAGCAGCAUUUACAGAUCUGUGCCCACGAAUUCGCAUGUUCACAACUCUUGUCUGUCUGCUGGUGCACGAGCCACGGAAUGGCAGACUGUGCUUCACAUGAUGCAGGCAUUGCGGCAUAAGUGCGGGCAGCCGGACAUUCUCAGUCAUAGCUCGACCCUGCAUGCAUUCGAUGUUGGUUUAAGAUGGCAGCAUGCCUUGCAUGCCUUUUCUCAUAUGCAGACAUAUGGGCCGCAACCAAAUGUUGUGAGUGCUUCCUCGGCGAUAAGUGCAGCAUCCGCCGUCCCGAGGGGUGGAGCAUGGGCUUUGCAAGCAUUGACACAACUGGGCACGAGCAGACUUCAGGCAAACACGAUCUGCUGCAAUGCAGCAGUUUCUGCAUGCGCAGCUUCUUCGCUGUGGGAAGGAGGCAUUCACGUGUUCAAAGGCAUGCUAUGCCGUGGACCAACCCCAACCAUGGUGACGCAUGGAGCCCUUAUGGCAGUUGUGGAAGGAGUGGGCAAGUGGCCUGAUGUGCUGCACCUUCUGGCAAGUGGGCAACGACUCGGCCUUCAGCCGACACUCGUGACAUGCGCAACUUCUCUGGCUGCCUGCCGUUGUGGCCGCCGGGCCUGGACUCGCGCGGUGCAGCUCUUCGGUUCUCAUUUUGAGGGCCAUGGCCCCUGUGGCCGUUGGCCGACGCUUGUUGUUGCAAAUGCUUUUCUGGGAGCUUUAUCCACCUUUAGCCAGUGGCGAACGGUCGCCAAAGUCCUCGAGGACCUGGGCAUGUGGAGGCUUCAGCCAGAUCAUCACACACUCGCCAGCGCGGCUUCGUCUCCCUCUCGUGACACAGGUGUUUGGAUGCAGACGGUGAGUCUUUUCCAGAAUUUCGGCAUGCAGCCCGACUACUCCAGCUUGGAAUCUUUGCUCUCGAUAUGUGAGUGCCAACCUUCAAGCUGCUCGUACCCGAACCAGAAAAGCACGGGCAGCGAACGAACGGCCCUGCUUCUCCUACACAUGCUUCAGGCUUCUGCAACACGCGCGCUGGCCCAAGUGCUCAUUGACUGCCACUCGCAGUCCUGA